GAGCGCCUCUGCACUCCGGCGUGAUCACAUACCCAUCACACACACAGACACAGCAUCCCAGUCCACCCAAACGGUUUUCAUACAUGCUGACACAGCUCCGCCAGAGGACCUCACCAAAGAAGACAUGGAUGCUCAGAGAAGAAAGGGAUAAAAGUGGAGCAAAAGAAGGAAGAAAACAAGAAGAAAGAGUAAAAGCUGCGACGAGAGUGAAUGGAGAAGAGAGAAGAGGAUAAAGGGCUAAAGAAGACAAGAGAGAAAGUGCUGGCACAGUAGAGGACAGAAAACAGGUGCAUCGAGGCGGAGAAUGGGCAAUUCCUCCUUCCCAGGUCGAGAGAAGAGAAAGGGUCCCAUGAUCUCUGCCGGUGAUGCCGAGUUCCCGCGGGAUUACCACACCCUGGCUGCCGGUGGCGGCCGUGGGGCCCGGCGGUUCCCCGAUAACACCAAUGGGGGGUUUACAUCAUCCUCACUGGACCGUCGGCACAAUUCUGUGGCCGCUAAGAGCCUGGAGGCGCUGAACAGCAUUCACAAGGCUGACAUAGAGCGGCAGCGAGAUGCACUGAUGGACCUCCAGAAAAACAAGUACACCAACAGCCCCGGCAGCGUGUCCCAGGGCCCGGCUGCUGGUGGACGACAGCAACAACCAAACUAUUGGAGCUUCAAGACUCGCACCCCACGCGUGACACGACUAAGUCCAACCCAGCCUGCUCUCGCUGACCAGGCCAGCAGGGUGUCCUUUGCGUCAGCUGAAAAUCUGGAGACCAUGUCAGAGCCUGACAUCCCCAUCGGCUUUAACCGGAUGAACCGGCUUCGCCAGAGCCUGCCCCUGGCCCGGUCAUCCAGCCAGGCCAAGCUACGGGCGCCAGGGAUCUUGUUCCUCCAGCUUGGGGAGGAGACACGCAGGGUGCAUCUGACCCACGAACUGACCAGCCUGGACACUCUGAGGGCGCUCAUAGUGCACAUGUUCCCCCAGAGACUCACCAUGGCCAUGCUCAGGUCUCCCAGCACAGCUCUGCUGAUCAAAGAUGAGACUCGUAAUGUUUUCUACGAACUAGAGGAUCCACGGGAUGUUCAGGACCGCUGUGUAAUUAAGAUUUACUGCAAAGAGCCCAUUUACGGCACCUACCCCGGACACCACAACCCACACCUAGCUAACGGAGACCUCCGGAGGGAGAUGGUGUAUGCACCUCAGGACUCCCCACCUAACCGUCGCCUCAGCAACCCGCCCAUGUCUUCCCAGCACUCAUCUUCCUCAGCCUCGCCUCCCCAGGGUUCACCAUCCCGUGCCCGACUCCUCUACAGUGGUGGCAGGCCUUCCUCCUAUGCCGGGCCUCCACACCACACCCACUCCCUGCCCCACCCGCACUCUCAGUCCCACCACUCCUCCCCCCACCAGCAGCCCCAGAUCCACCAGCCCCACCAUCCGCAGUCAGCCUUCUGCGCCUCCUCCAGCGCCAUCCUGGAACGCAGAGAUGUGAAGCCUGACGAUGAAGUAGGGGGAUCCAGGAGCAUGGUCCUACUGCGGGGGGAUGAUCGUGGCGGAGGCGGGAUCUAUGCAGACCCCUACUCUCUGGGGGCGGAGACAGCUCGGUUAAGUCUAGCAGGAGGCCCUCACUCACCUCUACCUGCCAGAGCAGAUCCCUAUGGCUCCUUAUAUCGCCGAGGGGGGGGCGGAGGCGGCGGCGGUACUGGAUCAGUGCGGUCCCUCACCUCCUAUUCAGCUGCUGCUUUACAAGGCGAGCUAAUGGAACGUGAAGCUCUCUAUAGACCUGGAGGACCACUUUAUAACGACGCCUAUGCUGCUUCUAUGUUGGCCAUGGGCCUCCGGGUGCCUCCGCCCUCCUCCCCUCAGAAGAUACCAGACAUGAGAGAUUCCUAUGGAGGCACCAUGCCUGGUCGGGGGUCUCCUGGGAGGCAGAGCUUGAGAAGGGACUCUGUGACCUCUUCUGUAUUCGGAGACAGUCCUAAAGCCCGUGGGCAGGGUGCAGGGUUGGGCCUCACCUCAGAGCAGCUCUGCUUGAUGGCUGGUCCUGGCGGGGAGGGAGGAGGCCCUGGACCCUUUGGCUCUCCUCUGCUGGGAAAUGAGACAGAAACCAGGGAGCGUAUGGAGGCUAUGGAGAAGCAGAUAGCCAGCCUGACUGGGCUGCUGCAAAGAGUCCUUAGCCGAGCGCCUGAGGCAGAGAGCCCGGAGAAGAUUGAGUCAGCCAGUGACUGCUCAGGAACUGACACUGGACGAUCAAAAAAAAAGAAAGCUCUGACACCCUCUGCUCCCUUGGCGCUGAUGCCACCCCCACCAUCGGGUGCCAACCAGCCAGUGGCAGUGUCCCGUCUGCAGAUGCAGCUCCACUUACAAGGCCUGCAGCAGAACACCAACGCACUUCGCAAACAGCUCUCUCAGCUGCGGAACAUGCAGUUGGAAAACCAGGACUCAGUCUUGUCGCUGCUGAGGCAGACAGAGUCAGAGUUAAGCCUCAUGAUGCUCGAUGCCAUGCGCACCCAGGAGGACCCACUCCAAAGACAACGCCUCCUAGUGGAAGAGGAAAGACUGAAGUACCUCAACCAAGAGGAGCUGCUCAUACAGCAGCUGCAUGAUCUGGAGAAGUCAGUGGAGGAGCUGCAGAGGAACUCAUCAGUCAACCACGGACUAGUAACCGAGCAGGAUGUAGAUCAGAAGAGCAAGGAGCUAAGGAUUCUGGGAGAGACCCUCACUGAGCUCAAAAACCAGUUCCCCAGCCUGCAAAGUAAGAUGCGGGUGGUGCUGAGGGUGGAGGUGGAGGCUGUGAAGUUCCUGAAGGAGGAGCCCUACCGUCUGGAGGCCCUGCUGAAGCGUUGUAACACCAUGACAGAUGCCCUCAGCACACUACGCAGUGUUUUUUUUCCCCCCUUUAUGUACAGACAAGUCACUGAAGGUGUGUGGAAGGGUCCUGAAGACCUCCCUAGCCAAACCCAGAAGAGAGCAGAAGACCUGAGCCGGAGCUCAGACCUGGAUAUCCUCAACAGUCCACCUCUUAGUCUCAGCGACCUGAGCACCAGCGCUGGCCUCGCCAACUGGAUGCCCGUGUCCACCGCUGACGCAGACACAUCGGGUCCUGAACAGGACAUCCAGCCGUCAAUGACCUUUAGGAACCGAAUACUUGAUGAGCUUCCGAGUCGCCGUCCUUCAGAUAAGGCUGUGUCGGCUGAAGUCAGACUGGCAGCAGAGCGGGACUGGGAGGAGAAGCGUGCCAGCUUGACCCAGUUCAGUGCCCAGGACAUCAAUCGCUUGCUGGAAGAGACCCAGGCUGAGCUGAUGAAGGCCAUCCCGGACCUCGAUUUCGCUGCCAGGCACAUCAACAAGCCAGCAGUGCCCCCCAAGCCCCAAAUAACCAUCCCAAUAACCUCUACUACAGCCACUUCCUCUGCAGCUGGGACCACUGGGACCACAGCCACUACCACCACCACCGCCACACCCAGCGGGGACCAGCAGCCUGGCAAGGUGCAGCUGGCUGCCCAGAAGUUGAACAGCAUGGAGGGGGCUGGUUCACAUCGAGGGUCAGUCGAACUCAACGUGGCUAGAUAUCGUACAGAAAAGCCCUCCAAGUCUCCCCCACCGCCCCCACCACGCCGAAGUUUCCCGUCCGCUCAUGGUCUCACCACCAACCGCACUGGGGAGGUCAUCGUCACCACUAAGAGCCUGAAGGCGGAGGAGGACGUAGACAUGCCUAAAACUCUGGUAAAGUUGAGGCGGACUCCCUGUGACACCCCUCGACCUGCCUCGACCCCACCUGUGAUAGCAGCGUCCGCCAUCCAGGAUGAAGACGACGAAGAGAAGAUCAUCGCUGAGCUAGAGAUAUUCCAGAGAACGCCUGUAAAAGAAUCUACAUGUAAUAAACAGUACAGCAGCCAACCAAAGGCCGCCCCUACCCCAUCAUGCAUCUUUGGUUCCCUGGGCAAAAAGAAUAGCAGUAACUCCCCAGGGCCAACCAAGGGUCCCACCGUGGCAGCCAGGCUCAAACACCUUCAGCAGGGCAGCCUGGAGAGACCCAAAACCCGCAAGCAGAAAGAGGAUUUCCCUAAAGUCCAGGGCCAGCAGCAGUGCUGAGCUUUUGUCACUAACUGCUUUUUUUCUUGCACUACGGCAGAAACCCUGCUCAUUCUGACCAAUCAUCACUUUUGCUGACGUUUCCCUCCGCUGCUUUUUUCUCACAUCAUUUUGAUCUGCGAGCCAGCCAGUCUUUACCCCCCCCUUCCCCCUCCCCUCCCCCCUAUCCUCUUGCUUUGCUUUCUUCAUUCUCUGUCUGCUUCUCAGGUCUCUCAGGUCUCAGCUGGACUAAAUACGUGAGGAGUGAGUACUCGGAUCAUUCUGGUUUUGGACUCCAAAAUCCUAGUUAAGAGAUUUUGUAAUUUGUCAGAUUUACAAAGAAGAGUUUAACUAAUUUAAUCAUCAUCUGACCAUCAGCUAGAGGUCACCAAAUUAUGACAGUAGAGCCAAAUAGAAUUCUUUUACGAACCAAUGAUUCAUUUACUGCCCCAUGAGACAUAGCUCUGUUUUACAUUAAGUAAAGACUGAAAUGUUCUGGAUAAAUUUUAUUGGUUGUAUCUAUUUGCUCUGGACCUGCAGUAACAAGCAGUGCGGGGAUUUCACUUUUAACAUCUGUGCUGCAAAUCCAUCAUCCAUCAUAUCUAACAAUCAUUUGAUUACAAAUGUAAAGUAGGUUUGACCCCAGAUUUUUGUGCAGACGUUCUAACGAAACCCUAGAUUUGGAAAAUAGGCUCAACAAAGAGCUGGAAUGAAAGGGUGAACGCUGAAACUUGUUGGUUGAAGCAAAUGUAAAAUGACAAGAAAAAUAAUCCUGCACAUGGUUUAUGUGCUGUUUGACAUUUCGCCGGAGGGGAAUCUGAAUCUACGAGUGUGUGAUCAUAACACUGGCAAAAAUUUAAUUAUAAAAUGAUGUUUCAAUAUAUAGUGAAUACAUUUAUGGAAUGUAUUAAUAGACUCUCAAACAGCAUUAAAAGCACGGAAAUAGAAAUAUAAAGUAUAACCUAAAAUCACUUCUCAGAUAUAUUGUAUGUAUAUUAUAUGACCAUUUAGUUUUUGUUUGAAGAGAUCGCUUUAUUAACAUGUAAAAAAUAAAGUCUCAUCUAUGUUUUAUAUAAUCAAGCUUUUUUUGUAUUUUUAUACUUGGAAAAAAAAAAAGAGGAUUCAUAAGCAUGUAACACGUUUAUUCUGUAAAUUAUUAUUUUUCUGUUUGAAAGAUUUUUUAUUUUUUCUGCUAACCAUAAUCAUUUGUUAUAGAAAUCACAGAGACCAGUUAGCAGUGGAAGAGUGGGAGGUACUCCAGAUGGUUGUGAUGUACGGACAGAACUAGUACCACCACAUUAUUAAAGCACAUAUCCUCCUUCCUCGAAAACGAUCACCUCACUGAUAAAACACCCCAUUUUGUAGCUGUUUUCCUCUAUUAUAACCAAUAGUGUAUGUACACUAUACAGACUAUACAGUUUAAAUUGUAUUGAUGGUUUCUUGAUGAAUGUGUGAUCGUUCAAACCAUUUGUGGAUGUUCAGAAAUCAUGUAUAUAGACCCAAAUAGUAUUAUACAAAUUUUAUGUGAAUUUUUUUAGGCAAAAAAAAUAAUCCAAGAUGGCAUGCAUACUGUAUACAUUCCUGGAAAUCUGCACGCUGGGUCAACAGAGGUCUCAUUUUCUUGUCAAUAAUUCUGUGUAUACUUGUGAGUGUAUGAUAGAGUAAACAGAAAUUGUACAGUAACAUAGAUUUUGUAUUAUGUUUAAAUGGGUGGGUAAGGCCCCUUUUACUGUCAGAAAAAAGGAAAAAAAGAUUAUUACAACUAUAGAGAAAGAUAUUUGAAUGAUAUUGUAUAUCAACUACUGUUCCUGGAGUCUGAGAGUGAUGCUUGCCGUGUGGGAUAAUUGUUGUUUGUGAAUUGUGAAGAAGAAUGAUAACCUACUACGAAAUCAGUAUACUAAAGACCAACUUACAGUGCAAAACACCACGCAACUUUGUGUAUGGAGGGUAAAGUUGCUGCUUCGUGUGAGAAAAAUCAACCAUACAAAGGUUGCUGCUUUUGUACGUUCCUGUUGUGUUUUUGUGACAAUAAAAGUGACCCUCUUAUACAUGA